ACAGUGCGCAGUGUGCACGGACAGCUCCACGGUGCUGCUCGGCUUAGCUCUUGUUCUGCCAUUGUUUCGCGUGACUGUCUCGGCAGAAACCUUCAAAACAAGCCCAAAAGAGCAGUAAUGGACGAAUGACAACAGGCUUGUCUACGGUGCUCCAUCCCCGACAACAGAUCCAGGAUGCUGCUGCUCUCCAACCCGCGAUGGGCUAGUGCUGGCCGGGCCUCGCUCCUGCUUGUAGCCGCGGUGCUGCUCCAUGUCACCUCAGCAAGUCUCGAAGCUGUUCCCAGAUGCCCUUCCCGUAUAGACUGUGCCAAAGCGGGACGACACUUCUGCCGGACUGGCUCCUCCAAGUGUGGUCCCUGUCUCUACGCCCUGGAAGAGAACGAUGAGGAGCUCUGCGUACCUCGGAAAAAACACCAUCAAAAACAUGUAAAAGGUUACCCUGACCUUGAUGAAGAGAUCGACUACCUACACUCCGUCAUUGAAAAACAGCAAGUGUCAGAAGUCAGACAAGAGCAGAAACAAUCCAACCAUUUUGCUGCUAUCUCAAUCGAGUCAAAUAUCAGGACAACACAACCACAUCCUCCACCUGCUCCCAAAGAGAAAAUCUCAAAAGUCCAAACUUUCACCAAAACCCCGGUUGAUGGAACUACUGCACAGCCCACUACCAGACCCACUAAACCCACCGGAGUGGAACCUCGACUAGAUCCAGUAAUAGUAACUCCAAAUACCAGAUCAGACCAAAUUGUUAUCAUCCUGGUCUCAGUGUGUGUGGUAGGGGGGACGGUGGCAGUGAUUCUGUCAGCUGUCUGUGCUGUUAAGUUACGGAGAGAUUCACGCUUGACUGAGAAGGUGGACUACCCUGCAUUUGGAGGAGCCACUGUCGCCCCUGUGAAUGGCAAUGGACCUGCACCUCUUGAUCAUACCUUGGCCCAAAACGCUCAGAUGUUCCACUAUCAGCAUCAGAAACAGCAGAUGCUCUCAAUGGGGAAACAAAAGCCUGAAGCAAAAGCUGUUGACACCGACGUUACGUCAGAUGAGGAAGAAGUGGGAGGAGACUUUACAGUCUACGAAUGUCCCGGACUCGCUCCGACUGGAGAAAUGGAGGUGAAGAACCCUUUGUUUGAUGACUCAAGUCUACCAUAUCAGGGCAAUCACAAGUGAAUGCAAAAAGAACCCACACAUAAGGAUGCUCAUGGGAUAAAACCACUUGAUUUGACACUGCAUGCACGAUAAUCAAAAUUGUGGCAGAGGACAUAAGCUGAUUCCUGAAUGUCUCCUCUCUCCCUUUACUGUCCGCUUUUUUAUAAAUCCACAUAUGUAUAGUAGGUAGCUUGUUAAUUUAUUUCACUUUCUUGUCAAUUUUAAUGGUGUUUUAUCUUUCUAUGAAUGGCAUCUUUUACACUACAACAAAUACCCUUAUUUUUGCAGCUACUUCCAAAGAAUGUGUAACAAAACCCACAUAAGCUGAGAAACAGGUGUACCCCUUAUACUUUUGUCAUGCAUUUCUGGCACUUCUCUCCUAACAGAUAUCCAGCAACAUCCCACAAAUAAACACGACCAUUUAUUUUAUUUCUGUAGGCAUUAUAAUGGUAUAUGGAUUUUCUUUUAAAAGCAAGUGCUUGUCUGUUGCAUGGUUUGACUGUACAGUGUUUGGAACAAUGCUUCUGCCUCCUAUCUUGUAUUGUUGCUGGAGGAAUGUAAAGUGAACUCUAAGCACUUUUAAAGCCAGAUAUCAGUCUAUAUGGUGACGGUGUGGCCAGUAAACUAUCUUGUAAAAUGUUUCCUUUCUCCCCCCUGUUCGCCUGUCCAUCCAAAGCUAGCUUAGUGCUGCAGAAUGUACAUACAAAAAGAGUGAAAGCAUUCACUUUUUAUAGAUAUUUGUACACACGCACACUGAGGACUGGAAAUAAAACUUUUUACCACAUAUCAAACUCAA